AUGGCCUGCCAGAGGCACAGCAGAGUCACCAUUCUUGAUCUCCAAUCCCUCAACCUCAUGGGCAAGAUUUCUCCUUACAUUGGGAAUCUGAGCUUCCUGCGGGAGCUUCAUCUUCAAGGUAACAACUUCAAACAAGAUAUCCUGCCUGAGAUCGGGUAUUUGCCAAGACUAGAGCUGAACCUUUUACAUGGUAGCAUACCUGAAUCCCUCGGCCGGCUAAAGAACAUAUGGGAACUCGGAGUUGGUGCGAAUAACCUGUCUGGUAUGAUUCCUCCCUCGAUCUUCAAUCUUUCCACUCUUACGUUUCUUGAGUUCGUGUACAACAGGCUCGCAGGAAGCCUACCUUUGGACUUGUUCACCACACUCCCAAAUCUCCAAGAUAUAGGUCUUGGGUAUAAUCUUAUAUCGGGAUCAAUCCCAGGCUCGAUGUCUAAUGCCUCAAACCUGGUGAGGUUUCGAGCGGUGGAGAAUCAGAUUUCUGGGACUGUCCCUUCCUUAGGAAAGCUCCAUAACUUCCAAGUCCUAUUCAUCUCAGCGAAUCAGCUGGGCACUGGAGGACUCAAUGAUUUAAACUUCCUCGUUUCUUUAACCAAUGCAACUGGACUACAAAGACUUGCAGCAAGUUACAAUCGUUUGGAAAUUUUGGACAUGUCCAAGAGUUUACUUUCAGGCAGCAUUCCCUCAGGCAUCGGAAAGCUCCAAAAGCUUGUGACGCUGUACCUCUGUGAUAACAAACUUGCAGGCAGUAUCCCUCCCUCGAUUGGAAACUUAACUCAAUUGACCGAUCUACUUUUAGGCAACAACCUCUUGCAAGGACAAAUACCUCCGAGUCUAGGAAUGUUGCAAGCUUUGUCUAAUCUGAGUCUUUCAGGGAACAACCUCACUGGUUCCGUGCCCGGGGCACUUUUUAGUCUUUCUUCAAUGUCGAUUAGCUUGGACCUUUCACGGAAUAAUUUGUGUGGUUCCUUGCCAAUGGGAAUUGGAAAUUUAAACAGUUUAGGAGCAUUAAAUGUAUCCGACAACAGUUUGACAGGUGAUAUUCCUACUACUCUCGGGGCAUGA